ACGACUUUCCACAACACACCCAACCGAGCCACUGUGGUGUUUACAUGCUAUCCCACGCGCCAUUAUUCUCAGUCCCACGAUAAUCACAUCAACAUCCACUGCGCGCCUUCAUAAUUCUUCACUGCCCCACAAAGGUGCCCUCCCGAGCAGAUUCAACAAACAGCACUAGCUAUCUGCAAGAGCAGCAGUCGCGAUGGACGCUAGACCUCAGCGCCUCCGAGUCCACCCAGGUGGCAACGAAAACAUCAUCCCUUCGAAACACGAGGCUCUUCAUCAGCGACACAAGUCUACCGGUAACCUGCAAGCCAUGCCUCGCAACGGGGCUCUGCAGGUUGCUGCUAAGCGAACCGCAUUCGGCGACGUGAGCAACACGGUGAAGAACCUGAUCUCGCUUCCUAGCGACCAGAUUCCGGGUAAGGGCAAGGCUGUAGAUUUCGUCUACAACAAGGAGAACGCGGUCAAUGGCAAAGAUGGAUUUUCCAAGGCCGCCCAGCGGGCCACAGCCCUCAGCAACAAGAAUGGCCCUGUCACUGCGGAGUGGAAGCAGCCCAAGACUCAGAACAAGCAGGUUGCCAAGAGAUCUUCCGCUGCUCAGCUUUACGAGACACGCCCCUCCAAGAGCAAGUUCGUUGCUCAGGACCCCAUUGCUGAGUCGGCCUCCGGCAAGCAGCCUCGUCACCACAAGUCUCAGCCUCAGCUUAAGAAGGAGCCUGCUGCGCAUGUCUUGCGACGGACACAAAGCAAGCUGACCACAGCCCCUACACACCCUGUCCCUGCUGUUGCAGCCUGGAAGCCUAUGGACGAUGUGACGGAAGCCACCUACGAGGAUGCUGUCGAGCACAUUGGCGAUGAACAGUAUCAUGGCCCGUACCACAGACGCUCGCUGGACGUUACCGACAACGACCUUCCCGAAGACCUUGUAUCAUCGAAUGCGGCCGUCGGCAAGCUUAGCUCCCUGGAGCCUCUUUCCGAAUCGCUGGGUGUUCCGAACAUGUCGGAGGCGGAGGAGUACUGGGACGAGGAUGACGAAGAAGAGCUCUAUGACGACCAGGGCUACACGACUGCCCACUCUUACCGUUCCCGCGGCGACCUCACCACGGGCGGCGCAACCACUAUACUCGCUCCUAAGAUUACCGACAAGGUCGAGCAAGAGUUGGAGACCGCCCGGGCCAUCGUCGAGAGUACCCGUACCCAGGAGGAGGUUGACGACGAGAUCUGGGAUGUCUGCAUGGUUGCAGAGUAUGGAGAUGACAUCUUUGAGUACAUGAGGGAGCUCGAGAUGAGAAUGUUGCCUGACCCUCACUACAUGGACAACCAGGCCGAGAUUCAAUGGUCCAUGCGCUCCGUCCUGAUGGACUGGCUCGUUCAGGUCCACCACCGAUUCAGCUUGCUGCCAGAGACGCUGUUCCUGACCGUCAACUACAUUGAUCGCUUCCUCUCGUACAAGGUUGUGUCGAUCGGCAAGCUCCAGCUGGUUGGUGCAACUGCAUUGCUUGUUGCCUCCAAGUACGAGGAGAUCAACUGCCCGUCGCUGCAGGAGAUCGUCUUCAUGGUAGAUAACGGCUACAAGGUUGACGAGAUCCUCAAGGCUGAGCGUUUCAUGCUUAGCAUGUUGAGCUUCGAGCUUGGCUUCCCUGGUCCGAUGAGCUUCCUGCGUCGCGUUAGCAAGGCGGAUGAUUACGACCUCGAGACGCGCACAUUGGCCAAGUACUUCCUGGAGGUGACCAUCAUGGACGAGCGCUUCGUUGCGAGCCCUCCCAGCUUCCUUGCUGCGGCGGCGCACUGCUUGUCUCGCUUGAUCCUGAAGAAGGGUGACUGGACUCCUGCGCAUGUCCACUAUUCUGGAUACACCUGGGGCCAGCUCAAGAACCUGGUUACCAUGAUCCUCGAGUGCUGCUACACCCCGCGCAAGCACCACCUUGCGGUCUUUGAGAAGUACUCUGAUAAGCGAUACAAGCGCGCUGCCGAGUACGUUGAGACGGAGAUUGCGAAGGGCUUCACCCUGCCGGCGGCUCGCCAGUCCACAGGUCGCGCGGCGGCUUACGACUUUGCCGAGAUGGACGGCAAUGCUGGCCAACCCCAUCAUGGCAAAGCGAUGGUCGAGCUCCAGAGCUAGUGGGACAAUUGUGCUCGACCACCGAUGACGCAUCAUGUGAGGGACUUUCCUGUGCGCCCACGGGGCACUUGGCUUGAUGCAACGACCUUUUUCUUCUCCUAGCGACAUUCGACGACG